AGCUAUUGGUAGGUUUUUUAAAUAGCCGUCAUACGUUUUUUUAUUCAGAUUUCGCAGUAAAGUACACUUUUUAAUAAUAUAUUCUUGAUGUAAGUAUUGUUUCGUGCAAUCGUAAUCAUGAAUCGUGGUGGAUCAUCGAAACUCGCGCAACAUAACCUUUCUCUGAUGCAUCAAAGCGACCAGGAACGCGAUUUUCAACAACGCGAACCAACGUUGUACACGGUCAAAGGAAUGGCCAUUCUGGACAAUGAUGGCAACAGGAUACUAGCAAAAUAUUAUGACAAAAACAUAUUUCCAACGUCAAAGGAGCAGAAGGCGUUUGAGAAAAAUCUCUUCAAUAAAACUCACAGAGCAAAUGCAGAGAUUGUUAUGUUGGAUGGCUUAACGUGCGUUUACAGGAGUAAUGUGGACUUAUUCUUUUAUGUUAUGGGAAGCUCCAAUGAAAAUGAACUUAUCCUACUGAGUGUAUUAAAUUGUUUAUACGAUUCAGUAAGUCAGAUUUUAAGGAAGAAUGUUGAGAAAAGAGCUGUUUUGGAUAGCUUGGAUAUAGUCAUGCUGGCAAUGGAUGAGAUCUGUGAUGGAGGAAUUAUUCUCGAUGCUGAUGCUUCAAGUGUUGUCCAGAGAGUAGCAUUGAGGACCGAUGAUAUUCCCCUUGGAGAGCAGACAGUUGCACAGGUAUUGCAAUCUGCAAAGGAACAGCUCAAAUGGUCCUUGCUAAAAUAAAUUUAUACUUUAAAAUUGUAUUAAGUAUAUGUGUAUGUAUGAAAUCAAAUAUUUUAAAAUAUAAAAAUGAAUUUCAUACUCCGCUGUGUAAAUUUUAUGCAUUUUCAAAUACAUGAUUUAGAUUUUUUAGUGGUAUAGUUAGUCUUUGUACAUAUCUAUGCUAUUUCAAUAUUAAAUCAAUGUAUAUUUAUUUUGCAGAAUGAAUAAAAUUAUAUUUGUUAA